AUGCGCUCGGUAAUUUGGCUGUAUGUCUGUCUUGUAUUCAGCGUGGCUGCGACCUUCGUCUCAGCUGACAAGCUGACAGCAGCCACUGUGUACUGGGACUCUGAGCACAAGCUAGUCGUGUUAAAGGAGGGCGUGCUGGAGGUUGAGGGGGAUGCCUACGGGUUCCUAAAUAACACCCUGUCCAGUACAGGGUGGAGUGUCCUGGAGAUCCGAGCAGGAUAUGGAAAGACUCCUGAAACUGAUGAGAUCACGUUCUUCCUUGCCGGCUACCUUGAAGGCUUCCUGACUGCCCAGCAGAUGAUGGACCACUACACAAACAUGUACCCGCAGCUGAUCACAAACCCAGAGAUCCUCGACCCAGUUCAGAAAUUCAUGGAGAAGCAGGACUCAUGGGUCAGACAGCAGGUGAAAGGAAACAAGAGCUCUGAUCCUCUGUGGAAACACGCCGGCUUCAUCGUGGCCCAGCUGGAUGGAUUGCAGGCAGGAGUGGCAGCGUGGGCCAAGAAACAAGGCAAGAAGCCCCUGUCACUGUUUGACGUCCAGUUCCUGAACUCAGUGGGAGACCUGCUGGAUCUGAUUCCAGCUCUGGUCCCCAGCUCUUACCCUUUGCUCAGAGACUUCAAACUUCCAGGGAUGGGCCACUGCUCUGCACUCAUCAAGAUGCUGCCAGGCUAUGAGAACCUCCUGUUCGCCCAUUCCAGCUGGUAUACCUACGCUGCCACGAUGCGGAUCUACAAACACUGGGAUUUUCACAUCACUGAGCCCCACACAGCCACUGGAAAGCUGUCCUUUAGCAGCUACCCUGGGUUCCUGGUGUCGCUGGAUGACUUCUACCUCUUAGGAAGUGGUCUGAUGAUGACACAGACUACCAACAAUGUCUUCAACUCAUCCCUUUUUGACACAAUCACCCCAAAUAGCCUCCUGGCCUGGCAGAGGGUCAGGCUGGCUCACAGUUUGGCAAAAACCGGAGAAGAAUGGGCCAAAACAUUUUCCAUGUAUAACUCUGGAACCUACAACAACCAGUACAUGGUGCUGGACAGGAGCAAAGUGAAGCUGGGCCACAGUCUCGAGGACGGCGCUCUGACUGUGGUGGAGCAGAUCCCCGGCUUGGUGGAGUACUCAGACCAGACCCAGACUCUGCGCAGAGGUUACUGGCCAUCCUACAACAUUCCCUUCCACCAGAAGAUCUACAUGCUGAGUGGUUACGGACAAAUGUGGGAGGAGUACGGCGAGGACUUUUCCUAUGAUCUCUGUCCCAGAGCCAAGAUCUUUCGCCGUGACCAGGGUGAUGUUAAGGACCUGGACACCUUGAAGCGCAUCAUGAGAUUCAAUGACUACAAGAAGGAUCCGUACUCCAAGGGUGACCCCUGCAAGUCCAUCUGUUGCCGUAACGACCUGAAAGGCGUGAAGCCUUCACCAGGGGGCUGCUAUGACACUAAGGUGACAGAUUUCAACUUGGCUGGGGACUUCCGUGCGGAGGCGGUGAACGGGCCAACGACACAGGACGGACUCCCGCCGUUCUUUUGGGAUAAAUUCGGCAGCAUCAGCCACCAGGGCCUGCCGCGAUAUUACAACUUCACUUUUGUCGAGAUGAAGCCCAUUCUUUUUCAUCCGUGAGCGUCAGCGUGUGGCUGUGUGUGCACAACAGAGAGAGACGCUUUCAGAGUAAUGAAUGUCCGAGCCCAUGGGUGCAAUCCAGUCUGUUUCUGGGUUUUUUAUUUGCAAUUUCUGUGUCUGUCUAGCAGAUGAUUUUUAUAUUGACUGUUGCUUCAUGUUCACUAUUGCAUCCCAUCAACAGAUCUGCUUCCUUCUCAGUUUACGUUUUGUGUAGGAUUUCCUUCAACACAGUUAGAUGGAUUUCAGAUCUAUUUCUAAACAGUUUCUCUCAGGUGAUCCUGCAUGCAGCCAUUUGUGCCUUUGACACUGAGGGUAACUUUAUGAUUUGAUAAAAUACCAAAUCAUUGCACAUAAUCAGUUCAGUUGAUUUCUUUAUUUUUGACACUCAAAUGUCCUCCUAUUUGCAAACACUGUAAUUGCAGUAGUACUGUAAGAGAAACAAUCAGUGCAAUGCCAUACUCAGGUGCUGAGCAUUUCUUGUGAUCUGAUUUUUGUUAGCUUCCUUUUAAUUGUGCUCUUCAAAAUA